CAAAAAAAAAAAAAAAAAGCGCAGAAACAGGAACCUGUAUUUUCCAGCCUAAGGCCAACGCAGUUGCAGAAGAUCCUGUAAGCAGCCGGUGUUCCGUACUAAGCCAGUGUCUCACUUCGCUCGCUCGCUUCCGGUGGGCGCGGAAACGUCACCAGACAGCGCCGGAAGUGCCCUCGCGCUGCCUAGGAGACAAGACGCGAGACCGGCAGCGCCCACCCGGUCGCCAUGGAGCUUCCCCUAGGGCAGUGCCAUGAUUCCCGCUCCUGGGACGAUGACUCGGACCCAGAGUCAGAGACAGACCCAGACGCGCAGGCCGAGGCCUACGUGGCCCGCGUUCUCAGUCCGCCAAAAUCCGGGCUGGCGUUCCCGCGUCCCUCGCAGCUAUCCACGCCCGCCGCGUCCCCGAGCGCUUCGGAGCCUCGGGCCGCGUCCAAGGUUUCGGCCGUAAGUGAGCCAGGCCUUCUGAGCCUUCCCCCGGAGCUGCUGCUCGAGAUCUGCUCCUACCUGGACGCCCGCCUCGUGCUUCACGUCCUGUCGCGCGUGUGCCACGCGCUGCGCGAUCUCGUGUAUGACCGUGUCACCUGGAGGCUACGCGCGCUACGCCGCGUACGCGCGCCCUACCCAGUGGUGGAAGAGAAGCACUUUGACUGGCCGGCAGCCUGCAUUGCGCUGGAGGAGCACCUGUCCCGCUGGGCAGAGGAUGGGCGCCGGGCCGAAUACUUCUGCUUGGCCGAUGGGCACCUGGCUGCCGUUGACUCAGUGCUGCUGCUCCAGGGUGGGUCACUCUGUCUGUCGGGCUCCCGAGAUCGCACUGUCAACUUGUGGGACCUGCGGCAGCUGGGGACGGAGCCCAGCCAGGUUCUGGUCAAGACCUUGGGUACUAAGCGGAAUAGUACCCACGAGGGCUGGGUGUGGUCACUGGCAGCGCAGGACCACCGCGUGUGCUCUGGCUCCUGGGACAGCACAGUGAAGCUCUGGGACCUGGCAGCAGAUGGGCAGCAGUUCGGCGAGAUAAAGACCAGCUCAGCCGUGCUGUGCCUCUCCUACCUAUCUGACGUCCUGGUGACUGGCACCUAUGACAAGAAGGUGGCCAUCUAUGACCCCAGAGCCAGCCCAGCCCUGUUGAAGUGCCAGCAACUACACUCCAGACCCGUGCUGGCCCUGAUGGCGGAUGACCAGCACAUCAUCUCAGGCAGCGAGGACCGCACCCUGGUAGUGGUUGACCGCCGAGCCAACAGAGUUCUGCAGCGUCUGCAGCUGGACUCUUACCUGCUCUGCAUGUCCUACCAGGAACCCCAGCUCUGGGCUGGUGACAACCACGGCCUGCUGCACGUCUUCGUCAACCGCAACGGCUGCUUACAGCUUAUCCGGUCCUUUGACGUGGGCCACAGCUUUCCCAUCACUGGGAUCCAGUACUCAGUGGGAGCCUUGUACACCACAUCCACUGACAGGUCCAUCCGGGUGCACGUGCCCACAGACCCACCAAGGACCAUCUGCACCCGAAAGUACGACAGUACGCUCAAUAGGGUCUGUGCUGAGGGCAACCUCGUGGUGGCCGGCUCUGGGGACGUGUCGCUAGAGGUCUGGAGGCUGCCGGCCUGAGCAGGUGGACGUGGAUGUGGAUACUGCCUACCGGAGGCUGGGCUUCCUCCUCUGUUCUUGGGGGACCAUCCCCAAUGUUGGUGCUGCCUCCGCCUCCGCCCCCACCCCGCAGGCCUAGGGCACAAGGAGUCCUGGCCACGUUCGGGUGAGGGUCCUGGCCUGGGCCCUAUGCCUGGGGGAAGGGUGAAGUUGGGGUUCAGGCCUACCCAGGGGGCCGCGCCCCGCUCUUGGGCCGUGGUUUUGUUAUGAUUUGGAUGCCCUGCUCUCAGGUGAGAGCAAAGGAGAAAUAAACCUGACAUGUUGGUGCUUGG